AUGCUGCAGGAACUAUCGCAUAUGGACAAGAUAACUCAGCUUCAAGAUGAAAUACAGCAGCUUCUCCUGAUCAUGGCCAAUAGCAUUAGCUAUCUAACGUCGCGAUCUAACUUUCUUCAAGUCAGCCCGGAGAUUCCUAUAACUAAACAGCGUAACCCCGACAAGUAUGACCCCCCAGAUGUAUUUGAAGCGAACAAGAAAGAGCUAGUAGCAGACUUGAUGGUGAAAGCCAAGCAGAUAGAGUAUCUCAUCAACUCUUUACCAGAGCCAGAACCCGAGGAAGAACAGGCAAUGAGAUUUCAACAAUUAGAAGAGGAGAUGACGCUCGCGAAUGAAGAUUACAUGUUGGCUGUCGGUCGCGCUAAAAACCUUCACUCUCAGGUUGCAGAAGUCCUGCAGGCUAUGCUUGUAGACAACGAGGCUAAUUUACUACAAGAUGGACCAUCCAUUCCAGAAAGCAUCCCCACCACACCACCCCAAACCUGA